CUCUCUCUCACUCUCUACGAAAUAAAUACCUACUACUACUAAUAAUAACCACCACCGCAACAAACAGGGCGACGGGGAUGGAGAAGGACGAGGCCGCGAAGGACAUCCAGCUUUCAGCAGAAGUAGAGCCAUUUAUACCGCAGAAGAAGGGUUCUGAGACGCUUGUCCCAAUGGCUCUCCCUAAUGAUGGAAGUGGUAGCAGUGGUGUUGAUGUUCCUCCCAUCCCUAGCUACUUGAUAACUUGUUAUCCUUUUGUACAAGAAAAUCAAGGUAGUAGGCAACUGCCCAUAUACAACAAUGAUAUUCGGUGGCAGCAGGCAAAUACAAAUUUAGCAGGAGGCCCUUAUCUUGCCUAUCCCAUCUUGCCAACCCCGCAGCCUCCUGUGUCUACCGAGUAUGCUUACUACCAGUUCAUGCCAACGCCAUGUACCCCAAUGAUGGGCUUCUAUUCUCCCUUUCCUGCACCAUACGCUACACCGUUCCAGCCAGGUGGCAUGGUACCUCCGGUGUCUGAGUGCAACGAAAGACCAGUUCCUGCAGGACAAGUCUGCCAAGUUCCAGCUCAGAGAAGCCGAGUGAACCGGGGCUCAGUGCAGAAGCUUGUGAGAGCCGCCAGGCCUCCUGUGCGAAGUGUAGCUAUUCAGAAGGAAAGCAGUGCCUCAGGUCCUGAAAAUAGAUCAAAGAUUGUGUUGCUAGUGGAUGCCAGCCAGCAAACCGACUUUCCUGGAGAUGUGGCUAACAAAUCUCUUUCGGACCGGGUCAGCCCAUUGCUGUGGAAGUCAAAAAUCAGGAGGAGAAGGGCUUCUCACCCAGCAGCAGAGUCUUCAAGUGAGCAAGGAGCGAGCGAAGCUGAUAUUGACAGUGAUAGUGGCUAUUGCAGUCCCAAGCACAGUCACAGUCAGGCCGUACUUGCUACCACAAGGAGUACAGAAUCCAAUAAAGUGGAAGAUUUAACCGGGAUAACAGGAGGCUCAAAUUGGGUAAAUGUAGCUUCCCAGGCACCUCAGAGAAUUGGGAUGGACAAUAUCCAGACAUUUUCCUGUAGUCGAGGUGGCAGACCAACAGAGCAGCGGUAUACACAGGAUGACAGAGAGUUUCCGGAAUUGAUUAUUGGAGCCGGGGCAUCUAAGAGUAAAGCUGUAGGCCACGAUAAUGCUCAGAAUAAAGAAUUCUUCCAUUUCCAUGUUGGGCUAAGUAUAACUCUUCUGCAUGCCAGCCAUAUACUGUUGGCACUCAAUGUAUCCUUCCUGGGAGAUCUUCCAGCAACGUCUCCUAUCAGCAUAGUGCAAACACCUAUUCCCAUAACCACAGCUAUUCCAAAACGUGCUAAAAGUCAGAGGAAAAAAGCGCUGGCUGCAGCGCUUGCUACCGCCCAGGAGUAUUCUGAGAUCAGCAUGGAGCAGAAGAAACUCCAGGAGGCUCUAAGUAAGGCAGCGGGGAGGAAAAGCAAAGCCCCUGUACAGCUGGAUCUGGGCGACAUGUUAGCAGCAUUAGAGAAACAGCAACAAGCAAUGAAAGCAAAACAGCUGACCAACACAAAACCCCUGUCAUAUUGCAUUGGUACACCAGGUCCGUAUUCCAUGAAAGACUCCGGGAAUCUGAAAACAUUCCAGAAAUCUCAGCAGUUCAUUGGAUUCCCCCAUAAUCCCUUGGACUCCACUGCCCCGAGGGUGAAGCGAGGCAAGGAGAAGGAGAUUCCAAAAGCAAAACGUCCCACUGCACUUAAAAAGAUAAUUCUUAAGGAAAGAGAAGAAAAGAAAAAUAGGUUUUCACUUGAGCCAGCAGUUGUCGGUUCAGAGGAUCAGGGCGAUGUACAACUACAUUUUCCAGAGGAGCAGACUAUAAGCCAAGAAGGGGUUUCUCAGGAAGAUAAUGGUUUGAGCGUGCCCAGUGAUGCAUCUAUAUCUCCUGCAAGUCAGAAUUCCCCCUACAGUAUGACGCCAGUUUCACAAGGAUCUCCCGUUAGCUCAGGAGUUGGCAGUCCUAUGGCUUCCUCAACCAUCACAAAAAUCCAUAGCAGACGCUUCAGAGAGUAUUGUAAUCAGGUUCUCAGUAAAGACAUUGAUGAAUGUGUGACGUUGCUAUUACAAGAACUUGUUCGCUUCCAAGAGCGCGUUUACCAGAAAGAUCCCAUCAAAGCCAAAAUGAAGAGAAGACUUGUCAUGGGUCUGCGCGAGGUGACCAAACAUAUGAAAUUGAGGAAGAUCAAAUGUGUAAUCAUCUCUCCAAACUGUGAAAAAAUUCAGUCAAAAGGUGGACUUGACGAAGCUUUGUACAAUGUGAUUGCUAUGGCCCGAGAGCAGGAAAUCCCUUUUGUCUUCGCGCUGGGCCGUAAAGCUCUUGGCCGGUGUGUGAAUAAACUUGUUCCUGUCAGCGUUGUCGGGAUCUUCAACUACAGUGAUGCUGAAAAUCUGUUUAAUAAGUUAGUAUCAUUGACGGAGGAAGCCCGUAAAGCAUACCGUGACAUGGUGACAGCGUUGGAACAGGAACAAGCUGAAGAGGCCUUGAAGCACACCCGGAAGGUACCGCACAUGGGCCACUCACGGAACCCUUCUGCAGCCAGUGCCAUUUCAUUCUGUAGUGUGAUAUCGGAGCCGAUUUCUGAAGUGAAUGAAAAGGAAUACGAAACAAAUUGGCGAAAUAUGGUAGAAGCAACCGAUACCCUUGAGUGUUGUGUGAGCGAGAAAACAUCAAGUGGGACUCCUGUUGCAGAGAAGUGUAAUAGUUUACCAACUGUUCAUACCAGUUGCAACAAACACACUCUGGGAGUUACCACUAGCUCUGCAGUGGUUCAGGGAACCCUUGCCACAAAAUCGUCUGGUUCAGACAAGGAAGAAGGAAAAACCGAUGAUAUUUUGGAGUGGGCCUCCCAACAGAGCACCGAGACGGGAUCACUUGAUGGCAGCUGCAGGGACGUUCUCAAUUCCUCCAUGACCAGCACCACCAGCACUCUCGUACCCGACAUGCUUGAGGAGGAGGAGGAGGAAGAGGAGGAUGAUGAUGACGAGGAUGAUGAAGAGGAAGAUUAUGUCCACGAGCCCGUGUCCAUAGCGGGAACCUUCAGCAGCAGAGUUGACGAUUGGGUAUCGGAGGCCCAGAAAACACUGGAGACGCUGCAGCUUAGCAAAAAUAUUGACAGCACAGAAGAAGACUGCGAUGAGCAAAGCGACACCGAAGAGCUGGAUACAGUUGAACAGAUCGAUCUGACGGCAGAGAGUGAAGAUUCCCAUUGUGCAGAGUCUGAGAGUCAAACCUGUUUGUAGUGACAGACCAGCAUCGCUCACACAGAGCACAAUUUAGGUUUAGGUAGACUCAUGGAAUUAGCAAAAAAAAAAGUUAUUUGUUAGUGAAACAGACCACAUCCAAAUUGUUAUAAGCAUCAUCAAACUUGUGUAAAAUUAUAUUCUAUUUAAAACAGAUAAAUUACCUGGAUACUUUUUUGGGGUAGAUUUUUUUUAAAACAACAAGGAUUUCAGUCAUAGCUACAAGUGUCAAUUAAUUUUAGUGUCAUUGGGAACUUAUCCUUUGACUCUAAUAUUUCCACCUUGUAGUCUGUUUGGAUUUGUCUUUGAAAGUGUUGUUGCUAACGUAUUGUUCUACUGACAUUUCCAUUGAUUUGUUCAAAAAAAACUAUUUUGCACAUUUUCUUUGUAAAGAACAAGGGAUUCGGGUGAAACCUCAAAUGGUAGUUUUACUGCCAGCUAUCAAAAUGUAAAAGUAUUGAUCAGUUGACUACAAAAUAAUUUUGCAUCCAUUUGAGUCUACCUAAACAAAAUUAAAAUGUAAAAAUUACAUCAGUGACCUCAGGAAUGCUUGACGUAUAGGAAACUUAAGUCUGCUGUUUAUAGAUCACCUCAUCUCAAUUUUUCACUGAUUUGUGAUCUAAAUUCUUAGUUUUGGGGGGAACUUGUAUAAUUGGAUGUUAGCAAGUCUUGUCAUCUCAAAAUCUCUUAUUGACCCAGGUUUCUUGGUGUAUUUGUGAAUUCUCAUGUUUUUUUUUCUAGAUGGUUCCUGUAAAUCCUUUAUGAAUCUUUGAAGAAAAUAUAAAUGUUGAUGGAAAAACAGCCAUCAGUUUUUUACAAGAAUGUGGUAUUUUGUAGCAAAAUUUACGCUGAAUGGUUUAAGAAGCUCUGCCUUUAUGAAAUUUAAGCUGCAACAAAGGCUUUAAGCUACUGAUAGUUUAGGGCAUCUAUUCCCUGUUCAAACUUCAUUUUAAAAUCCAGCGGCAUUCAGUUACAUGAAAUAGGUUGGGACAGAAAAAGAUGCAUAUAAGUAGACUUCAUGUAUGAUCGAAUCAACUGUACCAUUGCUCAGCUAUGUAAGGAAUGUAAUUGAAAUCUGAUGUAAACAUUUUGGACAUUACUGAAGUAUUUACUUAUCAGGAACUAUGGAUAUGACUAGACCAUUUGAAAAGUCUUUGAAAUGUUAUGUAUUUUUCUCUUUGUUAUUAUCAAUUUUGGGCUUUAUCCUCAAACGAUGUGUAUAAUUACCAUUAAAUAAGCAAGUGUGUCCUGAUGUGAACAUGAGAUGGGGCUAGAAAAAAUAGCAAUAUCAUUUAACUGAGAUCAGCAAGUAAACAUUCUCCUAAAUGGGGGGCAAUACUGUCUUUGGGUAUAUGUAGCGCAGUUUUACAGACAGGAAUGGAAAUGUUAGGGUUAAUGUAAUUUAUCAGGCUAUGGUUCUUUCAUACUUUGUUGCAUUUCAUAAUUAUGCAGACAGUAUUUUGAGAAACUUUCGCCUUUUGAUCUCUCUCUCUCUCUUUCGCGCACAUACAUCAACCUAGACAUACUUGUAGUGUUAAUUAGACAAACAUGGUAGCUUUAAGCUUUUGAGAGUACUAAUUAGCCUGGUCCCAGGAAAUUUGUACGUAUUGUCUUGGAUUCCAAAUGAAAGAUGGUUUGUCUAGCUCCAGUUGAACUAAAAUACUUUUUUUUUGGUGUGUGUGUGGUGUUUGGGGGAAUUGUCAGAUUUGAUGGGCAUGUUAUUUAGCUGCAGCUCUGCAUAACCCCACCAGAAACUAAAUAUGUAUAAAAUGGCCAUAGCCUGCUUCUAUUGUUCUCUUCCAGUCAUUGGAAUCAGAUCUCCAGCUCUCCUUGGAUAUUUGGCAAGUAAAAUGGAAAUGUGCUAGUUACAAUACUGGGUGUGAAGAAGUUCUGAGUGUGUGUAUUGUUGGCAGUAUUAACCUUCAGGGAUGAGUUUAAAAUCAAUGUAUGCUUGCAGAUUUUCCAAAUUCGUGGUAAAUUGCAGCCGCCUUAUCUGAUGUACGCUUACCCCUGCGGUGUUAGAAAGCACAUCUUGUUCACUGGAAGGAACACUUGAGCAGCAUAUCUAUAUAGCUGUCAUUACUAGUUGCAUCAAAUUGAGGUCCAAUGGAAAACUGGCAAAGCCAAUAAAAGUUGCAUGUCUAAGCUCGCUUUUGCAUUGGCUUAUUAUGGGAGCAGUUUAAACUGACAUGAAGAAUUCUUGUUAGGUAUAUAUUCCAGCCACUCGCUUUGAAGAAGAAAGGAUUUACACAGUGGGAGGAAAAAAAAACCUUGUUGCUUUAUGGAAAUGAUAGAUGAGAAUUACUGGUGUAGAGAAUCUUGUACAGAUGGUGUGCUCUUGCUCUGUGGGAAUGCAUUACUGUGUUAGGUGUAUAUCUGGUUGCACCAGUAGGUGGGGUAGAACUUGAUCUAUAGCAACAUCUGGUGCUGUUGAAACCUGAGAAAUAUUUUUAAUAUUUGUAGAGGAAGUUUCCAGUGUCAUUUUGCUUUUUUUCUAAUGUUAAUUGUAUUUGUAAAUUUAUACAUGACCUAGAAAUAUUGAUGUACAAAAUUGUGGGGGGGAGAAAAGCUUUUGAACAAUCUUUCAGUAUUUAAUUUCUGUUGAUGGGAGAAACUAAAAUACAAAACCGCUUUGCAAAGGGUGUUCUGUAACAUUUUACACCUUUCUAAUCUAAACAGAUAAUUUGAGCACUUCUGCGUUGUACUAAUGUUGAAAAGGGAGGAAGUAUAUUCCAUCGACUAGUGAUUAAGAAAGCUUAGUAACAAAAUAGAGACCAAGUUCAUUCUUGACCACAGUUUUAUACAGUACUAAUGCUAGUAUGAAUAAAAUGGUGUUCUUCCCUAGAUUCACACUGUUUGUGCAUUGAUUGAUGGCCUAGACUUGGAAAACCAAGGAUUGGGAGAUCAUUUUGUCCCGUUUCUGCAGCAAUGCCCAUUCUACCCAGUACAGGAUUUAUUAAAUGUUAUUAAUGUUUGGUGCUCUGCUCAGCAGAGACUGGUGAAAAAAUUAAAUGUUCACAAUAAUUCCUUCAUGGAUGUAACCACACUUACCUAACAAGUCCUGGAAAGCUGUUUUGCUUGUCCUCACUGGAUCUUCGCUUAAGGGUCAGGAAAGAUUAACAUGCAGUGAACUAUUAAUUGCAAUAUCAAUACAAUUGGUAUCUUCAUUUCUUGUUUUGAAAUCUGUUUUGAGUGGAAAUGGGGAAAAUUCAGUUAACACAAAGUGAUUCAGCUUUUACAUGAAGGGUGUGAUGUCUUGUGCUUGAAUGGCAUAUUUGCUUUGUAAUGUACAUAAUGGAGUAAUUCUAGAAAACUGCAUACUUUGCACUAUGUAAAUAUUAGAAAAAAUUCCCUUCUAUAAACUAAUUCUGAAGAUUAUUAUGAAAUGUGUUUUCCUUGCAUUGUGUAAUUCCUUAAUACAAUCCUCAGCUGACGCUCAAAAACAAAAAGAGGUGCUCAAAUCUGUCCGAUUAACCAAACUACAUUGGUUCUCAAUUUGUAUUUAUAUAAAUUUGUUGUGCAUACAGAUAUUUUUUGACAGAAGCUGAAGUAGUUUUACUGUAUGCAGUCCAAAGUUGAUGCAUUAGCAGAAUGGUAAUGGAUGAACACAAUUCUAUAGCAUAUUGUGUAUUUUGCUCUCCUUUUUCUCUUGUAAAUAACAUGUUUGUUGUAAAUAACUUGAUAGCAUUGUAUCUUGAACGUCUGUUAUUUAACAAAAAAUAAAGUAAUCAGCCAAUUCCAACUGUUGUAAUUGCAAGCAAA